UCCACUUCACAUAUCAAAUCACAAACAAAUCUCGGGCAGAUUACACAGAUCACCUCAUUGUCCAAUCAUACGAAGUUUCACCUCACAGCCACCAAUGUGUUGCUGUCACUCUACCAUUGCCUCACAGGCCCAGGCAAGGCAGCAACUAACAAAAACAAAACCAAGUCAAAUAGGCACACACAGUCUCCAUGAUCCCAACAGUCUCUCUAAUCUAAACCCAAAAAUCUUUCAGUUCUCCAGAUAACUGAAAACUCCUGAAAUGGCGUCGUCCAAAGUGAUGGCGUCGUCUAAACCUAAAUCAUCGGAUCUCGCUUCCUCCACCACUCGAUCUUCUCGUCGUCCUAAUCACAUUAAAAACACGACCACACCAACUGCGACGACAACUAAUAACACCUUCAAUUCAUCUUUAGCGACAAUGACACCCGACGGAAUCUUACUCAACAGCCACGCCAGCUCCUUGUUUCCCAAUUCAAAUUCAGCAACCGAUUCAACUCUCCUCGACGCACAAAUUACCCUAAUGGACAACCCCACCCCUCCUCCGCAGCCAAUUGACACGGUCGUCGCCAGUAAUCAAACUAAUUUUAAUCAGCAUAACAGCAGUAGUAACAAUAAAACGGUAGAUGAGGUGUGGAGAGAAAUUGUAUCCGGGAGGAAAGAAAUGAAAGAAGAACAGUCUGAUGAAAUGAUGACGCUCGAAGAUUUCCUCGCUAAAGCUGGCGCCGUUGAUGUUGUUGGAGAAGAGGACGUUGAUGAGGAUGAUGAUGUUAAGAUGCCGUUGCCGUUGACCAGCAGUUCAGGCGGAAUGUAUGCGUUUGAUCAUCAUCAAAUUCCGGUGUCUACUUCGAGUAAUGCGUUUCAGAUUCUGGAUAAAAUUGAGGGUUCAAUUGUUACUUUUGGUAACGGAGGAGGAAGCGGCGGCAGCGGCCUCGGGCGAGGUAAAAGAGGGAGGAGUCUGAUGAUGGAGCCCUUAGAUAAAGCUGCUCAACAGAGACAACGGAGGAUGAUUAAGAACAGAGAGUCUGCUGCUAGGUCCAGAGAAAGAAAGCAAGCUUAUCAAGUGGAAUUGGAGUCUUUGGCUGUAAAGUUAGAGGAGGAGAAUGAGCAGUUGCUGAAAGAGAAGGAUUUUUGUGUGCAGGAAGAGAGGAAUAAAGAAAGGUUCAAACAGCUUAUGGAGAAAGUGGUGCCUGUUGUGGAGAAAAGAAGACCACCCCGUAUGCUUCGGAGGGUACACUCGAUGCAAUGGUAGAUUUAUGAUUAUCUACUCUAGGUGUGAGAUGGAAAGCCGCAUUGUCAAUUAAAGUUUAUUUCGUUUAAGUUAGGUAUGUAAACCCGAUUGUGGUUUGAGAGCAAUCGUGGUUUUAAGUUAAAAUUUCAUGGUAAAACUAGAAUAGGAAGGAUGAUUAUGGUAAAUUUGAGUGGUAGAAGUAAUUAUUCUAUGUAGUUAGCAGGUGUUGCAAUGCAAACUUAUGAUUUCCCUUAUUUCUGUAUAAGGAAAAGAAAGGAAUUAACAUACUGUAAUUAUGUAUUGGCAACUUACGUUGCCCCAAUUAUAAAUAUAGAUUGGCGGAUGGACCGGAUGGUAA